AAAUUUCUGUUUGUUGUCAGUUGUGAUAGUUGUUCGUGAAUUAUUUUUAUCGAUUGUAUACAUAACAUCAUUCUGCUUCAAAUAGAAAGCAAUUUGGCUUCAAAAUAUUUUCGCAAUGUAUUUUAAUAGAUGGAUUUUUUGCUGAUUCUAUCGCAAAAUUGUACGAGAUGAAGAUGCAGUGGUUUGCCAUAAUGAUGUGCUUGUAUGCGGGGGUAGCAAGUGCAAGGACGGAAGAAGACCAACAAACAUCUUCAUCGACUGCUAUUACUGGAAUAUCUGGAGGUCUUUUAGAACAGUGUUUCUACAAGCCUCCUAGUGAAUGUCCUAAUGUUAAAACAACUGGAUGUUUGUGUGAAAAGAUUGUUCUUGUUCACAAUAAUCCUGAAGGAAAUGCAGUACUUUGUUGUAAUUUGGACAUGCAAAAUUUUGAAUCUGAACUUUCUUGUGCAGGAUUUCCAUCAAAUAUAUCUUAUAUACAUAUAAGAAAUGCAACACUAGAUGUAUUUGAUGUAAGUGAAGUUCGAUGGAGAAGAUUAAAAUCACUUGCAAUUACUGAUGGAAGAAUUAAUCGAGUGAAAGGACAAUUCCGAAUGAUGACACCAACGGUAUGUUUAAAUCUUUCAAAUAAUGCUCUUAUUGAAGUAGAAAACAAUUCUCUCACUCGAUUAGCUCAACUUACUACUUUGGAUUUAUCUUACAAUAAUCUUACACAUUUACCGGCUCUAAAUACAAUGAAUGGUCGUGAAUUUUGGCUUGAUAUUUCAGGAACAAAUACACUCUGGUGUCAUGAUAUCUAUCAAUACAUUAAUAAAACAGGAGAAAAGCAAAUAAAUUUUAAUCGUGAAAAUGAAACUGUAUGUUCAGCUAGUAAGACUUGGCAUUGGUUCAAUACUACAGAACAAGUACCUUUGAAACAAGUUCGAUAUCUAAGUUUGUUGCAAACAGAAUGUCCUAAAGGAGAUACUUGGCAGUGUCAAUGUAAUUUUAGAAGAUUAGAUAUUGUUGAAGGUAAACCACCGACUUUGGCGGUGAAUGUAGAUUGCAGCGGAAUUCAAAUCACUGAAUUACCCGAGAAAUUACCUCGCAAUACUAUAGCACUGAAUGUAUCAUACAAUAACAUUACUGCAUUAGAUGAUCUCAGUACCAAUCCAUGUUACGAAGAUAUACGAGAAUUUUAUGCAGACUACAAUAAUAUAUCAUCAAUAAAUAAACUGGAAGGUUCAAAAUUUUUAGACAAUUAUGCUUUCCUUAGUCUGCGAUACAACAAAAUUAAAUCUCUUCCAACAUACAUUUUGAGCCCUAAUACUCACGACAAAAGUUUUAUUAGCUCCCGUUUCGUCAAAUUAGGAGGAAACGAACUACACUGUGAUUGUAAUACAGCUAAGUAUUUAAAGGUAUGGUUACAAACUCGCAUAUUAGAUUCAGAUGAAGUGCUGUGCGAAAAUGUGAAGGAAAAGGUUAUCGAUUUAGAACCUUCAAAAAUGUGUGUUUACCCGGGUGAUUGGACAGAUUAUAUUUAUUAUAUAAUUGCUACGGAAGUCGUACUUUUAAUAAGUCUGAUAGCUAAAGUAUCUUACGAUUACUGGAUCUUUAAAACAGCAGGAUAUCUUCCAUGGCCAGCAAAUAAAAUGCCAAAAUUACCCUGUGAUUGGUUAUGUGAGACUUAAUACGUUUGUUUUCCAUGUUCAAUUUGCGAUACAUAAUUUAUUAACUUUGUCCAAAAUAAAUUUUGGUAGUACUUUUAUAAAAUUAAGAAUUUUUUGAAUUUUUAUAUUUUAUUAAAUACGUAUGUUUUUUCAAAUGUUUUCAUACAUGUACAUAAAUUCGUAUACGUACAAACAUAUCAUGAAAAUUUGUAAUCAAACAGAUAUGUAUAUUUAAACAGUAAAUGCAUUGCAUAUAGUUGAAUAGUACUAUUUUGUAUAUUUAGACGACAACUCAGUUAAAUGUAUAUAUUUGGAAGACUAAUAAAAUGUUAUAAUGAC